AUGUUUAAUAACAACGAUGAGGAUCUUGUCGAAGAUGUGGCAAGUUUAAGGAAUCAAUUACGAUUGACUGAGAUUAGUUUGCAAAGUUUGGGAGAACAAUUAAGGUAAGCGACGCUAAUUUAGCUGCUAACUAUCACAAUAGACAUGGCUAACGUGAUUUCCCCACUUAGUCACAGGUAGGUGCCAGUCAUGGUGGCCAAAGCCAGGAAAAUGUAAUUUCCUCACGCACAUAGCCCAAUUGACAAACAGACUGUUAGGUCCUCUGAAAGUCCAACAGGUGUAGCACUUACUUUGACAUGUCUUUUCUCCAUCCUCCCAGUCACUCAGGACAUGAAAGUCACAGUGAGCGCUCUGAGAAGAGUUUAGUCGAUGGGUUGCCAGGUCUUCUGUCUCUAGAGGACCUGCAGCGGCCUGAUGUCCCUCAUCCUCCACCUGGCAACCCAAAUCUUGCGCGACCCCUCCACAGGAGUAGGACAGCUGAGAGACAGGCCUGUGAAAGCCUACCCAGUACUGACUCCAGGGUGAGAGAGAGAGAGACAUCCCCUUUAUUUAGAGGUGGACCAGUAUAUGUUACUGUAUGUCACUAUGUAUGUGUGUGGUCGUUUGUGCACUAACUCUGCUCUAGCUAUAAUGUCACAGACUUUGUCUGUUUGCGUAACAUUAUUGUGAGUUGAGUGUGUUUCUUGUCUGUGUGUGUGUGUGUGUUGGGUUUGUGGUUCAUGUCUUAACCUGUCUAUACCUCUGUAUCCAUCAGUGCUCCUCAUCCAGGGCAGUGAAGAUGGAGGUUGCCCCCCUCAGGAAGAAGCUAGGCUGCCUGCGUCAGGAGAAUGCCUCCCUGGCUGUGGAGAACAGACAGCUCAUCAGUGACUUGGAGGCGGCCCAGAUUGAACUGGCCAGCUCUAAAACCAAGGUACUAAGUGAGAACAACCAUGAAUGUAAAGAUCAUUGACAUUCGCUAGGAGAGAUGCUAAAUGGUCUGUGUAUCUGCUCUUCCUUCAGGUCCGUCUCCUGGGCUCCACAGUAGGGGCUAAGACCUCCAGUGUGACUGUCAUGAGGGAGCAGAUCCUGGGCUUGGAGGCCGAGGUGGAGGCCCAGGCCAAAGAACUCCGGUCAGUUGGCAUCUUUUUUAUUGCCGUGUCCUUAAAUGUAAGAUUGUAAUUAAGUUAAGUCUCACUGAAUUUGUAUUUUCCAAUAUCUUUUUCAGAAUGAAAAUAGAACUGAAUUGAAUGUUGUAGUUGUUGUUGACUUGUUGUUGAUUUAGGACUGCAGAGUUGAAGGCAGAGCAGAGCCAGCAGGCAGCAGCCCAGAGUGACAGACAGGUAGCCGAGCUCAGAGACAAACUGAGCAUGCUCAGAACAGAGCUUACCGACACAACCAGACAAGGAAAACGGUAACACUUGACACUUGUUUCCUCUUGCAUUACUUUGUUUUAGCUUUGUUUCUCCCCAUCUAAAAUAAUUUGCCCCCUAUUGUUUUCAAUGGAUUUUGGUGCUGGCAUCCUAGGAUGUUCCUUCAGGCCCUUUGUGCCUGGACAUAGGCAACAAUCUAGCUAAGGAAAACACUGACACUUGUUGCUCAUUCACGGUCAUAACCAUGUAUUUUAGUGUGAAAUAACGACAGUGCACUGAGCUGUCUCGUUUCUUACAGAGCGGAGCAACAAAGGAACCAAGCCCUUCGAAAUGCAGAGAAACUCACAGACGCUUUCAAAGACUACAAGACAAAUAUUUCCAUUAAGCUGAAAAAGGUAUCUCAUUGAAGCCUUACUUAGUUCAGCAGAGUAAAUAAUUAGUAGUGACCGACCCUUUGACAUUAUGGCUUGACUGUGUUUCCAAGGUCAUGGAGAGCGAGAGCAAACUGAAGGAGAGUCUGAUAGUGUGUGACCGAGAGAGAGAGGAGCUGGAGAGCAAGUGCACCGUUAUGGAGAGAGUGCGAGAGGAGCAGGGCCAAACCAUCAGGUGGGUGUGGGCAUUAUCAUCACCAGGGCCUAAAAGUACCACCUGCCAAAUGCGGGUAGAUUUUGGCAUUGGCGGGUAAUAUGUAUAUUUCACCAGCCACGUUGGUGGGUGGUCAGGGCUCCACAGUGCACACGUUUCACUCGCAUUUGUGAAUAAAAAUAGUUGCGUAUGAUCACAUUUAUAGCUAAAUACAUUCUGCAGUAGCUGUUUUCAAAGUAUUUCUGCCGUUUUGUUUCAAUAUACCACUACUUACUAGUUAUACAUUUGUUUUAGAAACAUUACAAAGCAUGCAUACUAGAGUUGGUCAGUAAUGAUGUAAAAGAGUUGAAGACGAGUCUUGAAAUGAGUGACGGAAAAGCUGCGAUAAUGGAGAAAGAUACAAAAAAACUAAAAGAAACGGUCACUAAGCUGCUAAUGAGAACCUUGACGACCUUGUACCUAGCCGGUGGGGUACCCCCACCCAGGUAGUGGCAGUGCUGGCAACACUGGCUGCAGUAACCCAUGGGGAGGGGGUCACACUCAGACAAUCAGAGAGGGGGCUUAUUAUUGUGGCCCAGGUGGCACAAAAUAAUCAAAGGUCUGACUGCACGGAGAUGCUUGGGGAAAAUGGUUACAACGGGGGACCAGAGUGUUUGUGUCUCAGGUGAAGAGGGUGGAUCUGAUCUCCAUCACCUAGGACUUGACAUAGAUUAAAUAGAUUAAUCAAAUCUCACAUUGUUGUCCAUUUUUGCUCAAUCUUGCAUGCUUUCUCAAACAGCUGUAACUGUAUAUGCAUUCGUAAAUCAGGUCCUUUCUUGAGUUGGGCUCUGGGAUGUAACAACCGUUGAGCAUCUGAUCUUAUUGUGGAGGAAAGGGGUUGAGUGUGUUAGAGUAUGUGCGUGUAUGUUUAUCCCACAUAUAUAUAUAUUGAGGUGAGAGCAUUGGAAAUGCUUUUGGUGGUUGACCUGCUUCUGUUUUGUGGAUGGCACUGUGUGCUGUUUUCGAUGGAUGGGUCCUGGCCUCUCGGGGGACGGGGGUGGUAUGCUGGUCACUGGGAUGAUGGCCCAACUUGGGAUGGGGAGGGGCUUUAGCGGGGGAAUUAGUGGAGAACAAUUGGAGGGUUACUUAGUAGCAAUGCAAUUAUCAUGGUACAGCUAUAUGGACAGUCAAUCGCUAUGGUAUUUUUUUAUUGGUAAAUUUACAAACAUAUAUAAUGAUAAAUAGAUUUGAAACUUGUAUCCCAUUAUGGUAUGUGGUGAAAUAAGUAUAGCCAGUUAUAAUUGUAAUGGCUUAGCAGAUAAUAACAAAAGAAGAACAAUAUUUACAUGUCUCCAAGAGAAGGAAUAUAAUAUCUAUUGUUUACAGGAAACUCAUUCAACAAUUCUAGAUGAAGUUGCGUGGAAAAAGGAAUGGGGGGGGGGGGAAUAUACUUCUCCCAUGGGCAAAGAAACUCAAAAGGGGUGAUGAUAUUAAUUAACAGUAAUUUCGAUCCGAAUGUGCAAAUUGUGCAAACAGAUACGCAAGGUAGAUGGAUUAUUUUAAAUAUGUUAUUGGACCAUAAACAGAUAUGGCUCAUUUAACCUUUACGGACCAAAUAAUGAUGAUCCACACUUCUUUGAUAAUAUAUAUAAUAAAUGAUCAACUCUGUAAGCAAUUCAAGACUCUAUUAUUAUGGUGGGAGAUUAUAAUACCGUUUUAAAUAGCUCAAUGGACCGUAAAGGAAAUCACACUACAAACAAUCACCCUCAUGCUCUUAAGGAAAUCGUGAAUGUCAUGUAUACAUUAGAACUAGUAGAUAUAUGGAGGCUUAAAUAUCCUGAUCUAGUGAGAUAUACAUGGCGGAGACUCAAUCAAGCUAGUCGUCUUGACUACUAUCAAAGCCUAUUGGAUGAUAACUUGUUUUUAACUAGGACAGAGGAAUUUAUAACUGAUUUUUAAAGCAAACUGGAUGGAAUAUGGGGGAAAAUGAACCAAAUUCUUUUUUAAUCUUCAACAUAGGAAUGCUACCAAAAAGAAUGUACUGAAACUGAUUACAAAUGAUGGAGUCACCCAUGAUUCACCAAAUUAUAUUUUGAAGGAGGAAACAAAGUACUUUAAGCAUAUGUUUUCGUUUCAGUCGCCUCCAUCUCCUCUAACUGAAGCUAAUUGUAGAGAUUUUUUUUCUAUUGAUAAUGUAAAAUUAACAGCCAUACAGAAAGACUCAUGUGAAGGUGAAAUUACAGAGGAGGAACUUCUGGAUGCAAUUAAAGACUUUAAGUCCGGGAAAACUCCAGGGUUGGAUGGCAUACCAGCCGAGGUAUACCAAACCUUUUUUGAUAUACUCAGAGAACCGUUAUUAGCAUGUUUUAACCACUCCUAUGUAAAUGGUAGAUUAUCAGACACUCAAGAAGAAGGUCUGAUUUCAUUAUUACUGAAACAGGAUACAAGUGGAAAAUAUAAAGAUCCAGUCCAUUAAAAAAAUUGGAGGCCCCUUACACUUCAGUGUUGUGAUGCAAAAAUUCUUGCAAAAUGUAUAGCGCAUAGAAUUAAAAAGGUAUUGUCGGACAUUAUUCAUUCUAAUCAGACAGGUUUUUUACAUGGACGAUACAUUGGAGAUAAUAUAAGGCAAGUACUGGAAACGAUAGAACACUAUGAAAAAUCUGGGAAACCAGGCCUACUAUUCAUAGCAGACUUUGAAAAGGCAUUUGAUAAAGUACGACUGAGGUUUAUAUAUAAAUGCCUGGAGCAUUUCAAUUUUGGAGAAUCUCUUAUAAAUUGGGUUAAAACCAUGUAUAGUAACCCUAGGUGUAAAAUAGUAAAUAAUGGCUAUUUCUCAGAAAGUUUUAAACUGUCAAGAGGAGUGAAACAAGGUUGUCCGCUAUCGGCAUAUCUAUUUAUUAUUGCCAUCGAGAUGUUAGCUAUUCAAAUCAGAUCCAACAAUAAUAUCAAGGGAUUAGAAAUCCAGUGCUUAGAAACAAAGGUGUCAUUGUACGCUGAUGAUUCAUGUUUUCUUUUAAAUCCACAACUUGAAUCCCUCCACAGCCUAAUAGAGGAUCUAGAUACAUUUUCUAACCUCUCUGGAUUACAACCAAAUUAUGAUAAAUGUACUAUAUUACGUAUUGGAUCACUAAAAAAUACAACUUUUACAUUACCAUGUAGUUUACCAAUAAAAUGGUCUGAUGGUGAUGUGGAUUAACUCAGAAUACAUAUCCCAAAUGAAAUAAAUGAUCACACUCCAAUAAAUUUUAAUAGAAAGUUAGCCAAAAUAGAUAAGAUCUUGCUACCAUGGAAAGGUAAAUACCUGUCUAUUUGUGGAAAAAUCACCCUGAUUAACUCUUUAGUAUUAUCCCAGUUGACCUAUUUGCUUAUGGUCUUGCCUAUGCCUAGCAAACAGUUUUAAAAAAAAUGUAUAUGAGAAAAAAAGAUUCCAUUUUAUUUGGAACGGCAAGCCAGACAAAAUUAAAUGGGCCUAUUUAUAUAAUGAAUAUGAAUUCGGAGGACAGAAAUUAUUAAAUAUUAAAGCAUUAGACCUAUCACUAAAAGCUUCAGUCAUACAAAAGUUAUACUUAAAUCCGAACUGGUUCUCUACCAAAUUAGUAAGAUUGUCUCACCCAAUGUUCAAGAAUGGCCUUUUUCCCUUUAUUCAGAUUACAACCUCUCACUUUCAGUUAUUUGAAAAGGAAAUCAUUUCCCAAAUAUCACUAUUUCUAAAACAAGCCAUAGAAAAUUGGUUGCAAUUUCAAUUUAAUCCUCCAGAAACGACAGAACAAAUAAUGCAACAAAUAUUGUGGUUAAACUCAAUUAUACUAAUUGAUAAAAAACUUUUUUUUUUUGUUGACAAAAUUUACAAAAAAAAUUAUAAUCUUCGUAAAUGAUAUAAUCGGUAGGACUGGUGGAGUUAUGUCACACAUGCAGCUAACAAUAACAUAUGGAAAUGUCUGCUCUACCCAAAAUUACAACCAAAUAAUUGCAGCAUUACCGCGAAAAUGGAAAAGGAAAGUGGAAGGGGGAAAAAGUAAGGAACUUGUCUGUCGGCCUUGCAUUAAAGAAUAUAAUUGGUUAAAGAAAAUUGUGAUAAAUAAAAAAAUAUACCAGUUUCAUUUAAGGACGUCCCAUAUAGAUUGCAAAAUAGUUGGGAAGAGAUUUUUGACGUACCGAUUCCAUGGCAUAGUGUUUAUGAAUUGAUACGCAAAAUGACGCCGGAUUCAAAACUUAGAAUUUUUCAAUUUAAAUUAUUAUAUAAAAUUCUUGCUACCAAUAUAAUGUUAUUUAUAUGGGGGAUACAAUCUUCCCAGCUCUACAGAUUUUGCUGCGAAAGACAGAAUCAUUAGAUCAUUUGUUUUGGUACUGUCCAUUUGUAGCUUGUUUUUGGACACAGGUCCAGGAAUGGCUAAAGGAUUGCAAUAUUUACUUGGAGCUAACCCUGCAGAUAACAUUACUGGGUGAUCUGAAAAGUCAUAGUCAAUCGAUCAAUAAAAUAAUAAUACUUUAAGCAAAACAUUUUAUUUUCAAUUUACGAUCUGUAGAAACAAUGAGAAUAGAAAGGUUCAGAACUUUUGUAAAACAUCACAUCACAGUACAGUUGAAAAAUAAAUGGCAAAUAGAAAUCCAAUAUGGAUGGUGUUAAGAGGUAGAUGGGAGGUGUUGAAUGGAGCUGAAAGAUGGGACUAAUAACAACAACUAAUAACAACAAGAUAACUAAUGUAAAGCAUACUGUGUCCAUAAUAAGUAUAUACGGUGGGGAGAUCAAGUAUUUGAUACACUGCCGAUUUUGCAGGUUGUCCUACUUACAAAGCAUGUAGAGGUCUGUAAUUUUUAUCAUAGGUACACUUCAACUGUGAGAGACGGAAUCUAAAACAAAAAUCCAGAAAAUCACAUUGUAUGAUUUUUAAGUAAUUAAUUAGCAUUUUAUUGCAUGACAUAAGUAUUUGAUCACCUACCAACCAGUAAGAAUUCCGGCUCUCACAGACCUGUUAGUUUUUCUUUAAGAAGCCCUCCUGUUCUCCACUCAUUACCUGUAUUAACUGCACCUGUUUGAACUCGUUACCUGUAUAAAAGACACCUGUCCACACACUCAAUCAAACAGACUCCAACCUCUCCACAAUGGCCAAGACCAGAGAGCUGUGUAAGGACAUCAGGGAUAAAAUUCUAAAACACAAGGCCAAAUCUUCGCUGGCGUUGCUUACCAAGAAGACAGUGAAUGUUUCUGAGUGGCCGAGUUACAAUUUUUACUUAAAUUUACUUGAAAAUCUAUGGCAAGACCUAAAAGGGUUGUCUAGCCAAACAACAACCAAUUUGACAGAGCUUGAAUAAUUAUUUCAAGAAUAAUGGCCAAAAUAUUUGGCAAAUAUUGCACAAUCCAGGUGUGGAAAACUCUUAGAGACUUACCCAGAAAGACUCACCGCUGUAAUCGCUGCCAAAGCUGAUUCUACAAAGUAUUGACUCAGGGUUAUGAAUACUUACACUACCGUUCAAAAGUUUGGGGUCACUUAGAAAUGUCCUUGUUUUCUAAAGAAAAUAACAUCUAACUGAUCAGAAAUACAGUGUAGACAUUGUUAAUGUUGUAAAUGGCUAUUGUAGCUGGAAACGGCUGAUUAAAAAAAUAUAUAUAUAUCUACAUAGGCGUACAGAGGCCCAUUAUCAGCAACCAUCAGUCCUGUGUUCCAAUGGCACGUUGUGUUUGCUAAUCCAAGUUGAUCAUUUUAAAAGGCUAAUUGAUAAUUAGAAAACCAUUUUGCAAUUAUGUUAGCACAGCUGAAAACUGUUGUGCUGAUUAAAGAAGCAAUAAAACUGGCCUUCUUGAGACUAGUUGAGUAUCUGGAGCAUCAGCAAUUGUGGGUUCGAUUACAGGCUCAAAAUGGCCAGAAACAAAUAACUUUCUUCUGAAACUCGUCAGUCUAUUCUUGUUCUGAGAAUUGAAGGCUAUUCCAUGCGAGAAAUUGCCAAGAAACUGAAGAUCUCGUACAACGCUGUGUACUACUGCCUUCACAGAACAGUGCAAACUGGCUCUAACCAGAAUAUAAAGAAGAGUGGGAGGCCCCGGUGCACAACUGAGCAAGAGGACAAAUGCAUUAGUGUCUAGUUUGAGAAACAGACGCCUCACAGGUCCUCAACUGGCAGCUUCAUUAAAUAGUACCCGCAUAACACCAGUCUCAACGUCAACAGUGAAGAGGCGACUCCGGGAUGCUGACCUUCUAGGCAGAGUAGCAAAGAAAAAGCCAUAUCUCAGACUGGCCAAUAAAAAAAAAAAGAUUAAGAUGAGCAAAAGAACACAGACACUGGACAGAGGAAGAUUGGGAAAAAGUGUUAUGGACAGACUAAUUGAAGUUUGAGAUGUUCGGAUCACAAAGAAGAACAGUUGUGUGAUGCAGACCAAAUGAAAAGCUGCUGGAGGAGUGCUUGAUGCCAUCUGUCAAGCAUGGUGGAGGCAAUGUGAUGGUCUGGGGGUGCUUUGGUGGUGGUAAAGUGGGAGAUUUGUACAGGGUAAAAGGGAUCUUGAAGAAGGAAGGCUAUCACUCCAUUUUGCAACGCCAUGCCAUACCCUGUGGACCACACUUGAUUGGAGCCAAUUUCCUCCUACAACAGGACAAUGACCCAAAGCACAGCUCCAAACUAUGCAAGAACUAUUUAGGAAAGAAGCAGUCAGCUGGUAUUCUGUCUAUAAUGGAGUGGCAGCACAGUCACCGGAUCUCAACCCUAUUGAGCUGUUGUGGGAGCAGCUUGACCGUGUGGUACGUAAGAAGUGCCCAUCAAGCCAAUCCAAUUUGUGGGAGGUGCUUCAGGAAGCAUGGGGUGAAAUCUCUUCGGAUUACCUCAACAAAUUGACAACUAGAAUGCCAAAGGUUUGCAAGGCUGUAAUUGCUGCUAAUUGAGGAUUCUUUGACGAAAGCAAAGUUUGAAGGACACAAUUAUUAUUUCAAUUAAAAAUAAUUAUUUCUAACCUUGUCAAUGACUACAUUUCCUAUUCAUUUUGCUAUAUUUCCUAUUCAAACAAAUUUGAUAUACGUUUUCAUGGAAAACAAGGACAUUUCUAUGUGACCCCAAACUUUUGAACGGUAGUGUAUGUAAAUGAGUUAUUUCUGUAUUUAAUUUUCAAUAUAUUAGAAAAUAUUUCUAACAAUAUAUGUAAUUAAAACCAUCUCUUUCUCCAGUGAGCUGAAGGAGGAGAUCACCCAGGCACGCACACUCAACACAAAAACCUCUGAGCUUCAGGGACGUCUGGAGGAGGCUACCCAGCGGGCCUCGCGGCUGGAGAUGGAGCUGGGGGAGCGGGCCUUGGCGGCCAGGGAGCUGACCUCUCUCCACAGGGAGACAGAGGACCUCCGGGCCCUCACCCAGUGCCAGGAACACAGGCUGGCCCAAUGCCAGAGAGAGGCCCAGCAGAGCCAGGCUGAAUUAGCUAGUCUGGAGAGCAUACUGGCUUUGCUGCAUCUCCGAGAGGUAUGGAGGAUUGGGGACGCGCGUACAUACACACGCACGUACAUAGACACACACACACACACACACACACACACACACUCCCAUUCAGACAUAUAUUUGCAUGCACAAACACAGACAAACAACUUGGGGGGCAUCUCAAAGCGAUGGGGAGAUCCUUCUUUAGACACUUGAUGGGGUUGUGUUGUAACAGGGCGAUGAGGGACCGCUCUGUGUGAAGCCCUGUAUGCUGCCCCCAGUGGAUUACAUAGGAACUACAGACCUACUCCGACCCAAGCCAGGUGUGUGUACAGUACAACCAAAUCACAGGCAGCUGGUGGCACAUUAAUUGGGGAGGACGGGUUCAUAGUAAUGACUAGAAUGGAAUGGUAUCACACACGUUUGAUACCGUUCCAUUCAUGCCAUUCUAGCCAUUAUUAUGAGCCGUCCUCCUGUGAACCAGAUGUAUAUCUUUGAACUAAGUUGAUGUAUUUAUUUGGUUGCCUGUGGUUGUUGGGCUGUGAGUGAUUUUUCUUUAUCUUGCUCUCUUCUACCUACCCCCUCUUCCAAUCCAUCCAUCUCCCCCUUUUCCCUCUACACCCCUCCAUCUCCCCCCUCUCCCCACUCCUCCAGGUGAGCACUACCAGCAGCUGCUCCCAGUGCUCCAGGCGGUGGAGGCAGAGCGGGGCAGACAAAGCUCCCUGGCCUCCAGGCUCCAGGAGAGGCUGUCUAAAGCCCAGGAGGAGGUCUCCUCCCUGCACAGCUCCAUGGCCCAGAGGGCCUCUCACUACCAGCAGGUCCACAGCGAGCUGCUAGAGAGGGCCAGCCAGGCUACCGAUGCCGAGAAGGAGGUGAGGAGAAUGAGUUGGGAAGGGGAGAGGUGUGCCGAGUCCAAAACCACCAGCCGCUGCCUCUUCCCUUAUCCCUUCUGGGUUUGCAGAUCUGUAGUGAAUGGAUAAGCGUAGUAGUGAUGGUUCAUCUGGCCUUCCAGUGGACGUAGAGGUUCUGUCAGAUCUGCCAACACAGAUGGACUAGAGCUUGGCUUUGUUUUACACAACAACAUGUAGUCUGAGUGUGUAGACCUGCAGUAGCGAAUGUUUAGCUUUGUCGGUGUUUGUUUGUUGUCGCGCUUGUACGCAUGAUAGGGUGCGUGUGUCUGAGGUGUGAGUCGUAUCUGUUGAAUUCUGACUGUCUCCCUAUGGUGGUCUUGCUGUCCUGCUACAGUUGAAGAAGAAGAGCGCUCGUGUGGCGGCUCUGGAGAAACAGCUGCAGGAGAAGAGCUCUGCCUACUCGCUGGCCGCCCUGAAGAACACUCAGCUGGAGCAGGAGCUGCUGGUACACACACACACACACACACACACACACACACGUCACACACACACACACGUCACAUUAAGUGACUCAUAAAGGAUGCUCAUUGUAAUGAGCUACUCUCUCAUUCUCUUUCUCUCACCCCAGGAGAAGACAAGUGGUAUCCAGCACUACCAGUCUGUGAUGACCAAGAAGCAGAGGGACUUCCAGCAGGCUCUGGACAAAAGUAAAAAGGACUGUGCUGACCAGUGCAAGGAGCUGCAGGACAGAGUGAAAGUGGUGAGUCUUGUGUUUGUGUGUGGAUUUAUUAAUUUCACUGUCUUUCUUCCUCAUUCUUAUAGACAGUUCCUGAUUUAUCAUCAACUUCCUGUGUCACUUUAUCUUUGUGACUUUUAUCAUCCUGUCAGUCUCACUCUCCCUUAUCUCAUUUCCUUUAUCGUUCUAGGAAAGAGAACAACAUAUGCACACCCAAUGUUUUUGGACAUGUGCUGGAGAUCAAAUAAUGGAAUCAAGCAAAAGUCAAAUGUAGUUGUGGACUCUCUCAGUAGUAGUGGCUUUCUCCCUUUUUAACUCUUUGCCUCUGUCCCUGUCUCUCGCUCUUGCUCCUUCCCUGUCUCUAGCUGCAGUUGUCUCUGGACCAGACCCGGGCCCAGCUCUCAGAGCUGGAGCAGGCUGUGUGUUGUGCCCAGAGGGAGAGACACGAGGCCCAGAGCACAGCCCACCUGCUGCAGGUCUCCCUGGACCAGCUCACGCAGGUCAGAGCCACCACAGCUAUACAGUUUCAGACUACACAUCCUCUCAUCCACCACUACUAUGUAACUGGGAUGCAUGGCCCGGCAGCCAUUUUGUGCCAGAACACUCAUUAAAUGACAUUUCAUGACCGUACAUGAAUCCAUAGCGUUAAUGUAAUGAGAUUGGCGACCUUGAAUGUCUUGCUUGUGUGCUCUGUACCUUUUCAUGAAACCUCAAUGUACCUAUCACCAGGAGAGAGAGACCACAGUGAGACACAGUGAGGAGGCUCUACAGAGUGUCAAAGAGCAGGCCACAAAGUCUUCCACCAAGGUUGGUGCACAAUACAUGGAAAAUACUGUACUGAAUGCUAUACCCAGGUUUUUCUAGCCCUCAGUUUAAAUGCAUAUCAACUGUAUGUACUGUAGUCUACAAACACGUGUGAUUGAACAAUUACUACAGUAACAGUCUUGUGCUUGGUGAUGACAUAUCAAAAUCAAAUCGAAUGUCUUACUGUUAUCUUACCGUAGAUCAUUGACAAGGAUGUAUGGCAAGGUGGCAAGGAAAAAUAACAUGGACAUCAAUACAGAACAUAUAACAUGACCGUUUGACAUGAGUAUGUUGUGUGUCUGUGUUUGAGGUGAGGCAGCUGGAGACAGCCCUGUCGUCCUGCAGAGAUGAGCUGAGCUCCUACCUACUGCAGAUGGAGGACGCUAAGGAGCGCUAUCAGAGACAGCUGGACGUCAAGGUCCAAGAGGUGUGUGUCUGUGUUACAUGUUGGUACCUACCUGUUGCUUAUACUCCAUUGUGACUGUCUGACAGUCUCUGCUACCAUGCUUGUGUGUGUGUGCGUGUGUAUGCGUGUGUGACAGUCCAUGUGUGUGUGUGUGUGUGUAACCCCCUGUCCCUCUAUACUCCACAGCUGUCGUCUCUGCGGGAGGAGUUGCGUGGCAGUACUCUGGUGUGUAGUCGCUCCAGUGAGCAGUGUGUCCAGCUCCAGUACUCCCUGCAGCGGCAACAGAGCAUGUUACAGGAGAGCAGCACCCGUGUGGCCGAACUGGAGGAAAGCCAGAGCCAGCUACAGGGACAGGUACGGAAGCCUGCUGGAGAGACUGAGAAAUACUCUACCUAGACGGCAGGUAGGAAUAUGUGUCUUGUAGACAGGGAGAACGCUGACAUUGCAGUGAUACCGAAGGUAAAACAUUUUUCAUGGAGCUAGCUACCGGGACAUGGACAUUUGAUGGAGAGACCCAGGUUGUAUGUCAAUGGUCAGUAGUCUUCAUGGGUCUUCAUGCAACUGAAUAAGCAGGACACAGCCUAUUCUAUUGACUUCAGUGUUAAAGUGCUUCCAAUAACACCCCCUGAAAAGCAAAUGCAUAUAGUCAAUGCAUUCACUUCAAUACAUUUGAGUAUUUAACUUAUCAGGGACCUUUAUGUGGUUAUAAUCAUGGGAGCUAAUCAUUUCACAUGUUCUUGCAACAUUGUUCGUGUGAGAGUGUUCCUUUUUCUUUCUCAAACUUCCCUCACAACAAGAACAUAGUACAAUGACUCCAUUUACCAAAGCCGAUAUAAAUCUAUGAACUUGCGGGCAGGACUUUUCUGUCUACAAAGUGUGGCUUGACAGGGGACAUGAGAGCUGAACUUCCCACAGGCAACAUGCUUUCUGUGUAAACCGUUUGUCAACUAGGUUAUCAUCAAGUCUUCCAUUGUUUUAAGGUGAAUCAUGUAAUUGGGUAUUUUACUGUAAGAAAAACACAUAGCAAAACAACAACAAAAAAUGUUUGUCUCCAUGACUACUAUACACAGGUAUAAAUGCAACUUACUGUAAAGUAAAACCAGUUUUAUUACGGUAUUUGUAGCCUAUGUUCAGGAUAGUGCUUAAACAUGAUAUUACUAAUUGAGUAUGGGAUAUUAAUAUAUAAUAUGAAUGAUAUUUGUUGCCAGGUGUCUGGGUUGGAGCAGGAGUUGGAGCGUGCGCGCUUGUCUCUGGAGGAGGAGCUGAGGAGGAGAGAGAAGGAGGUGCAGGAGGCUGACAAGGAGGUGCAAGAGAAGAGGAGACAGGCUGCACAGCUCUCUGGCUCUGUCACGUAAGACUAGACAGAAGAUUUUUAUUCAUUCAAAUUAAACAUAUUUGUCUAUACUUAGUUUGCGAUAGAACGCUUCAGUCACACAAUUCACUAAAUGUAAUUUAAUUCAGACAUUGCAUUAACGUCUGAUUCGUUAAUCAAGCCAUUCAAAUAUGCUUAUUUGUUUGUUUACCCUGAAAACAAACACAUGUUUUGAUAUCUGAUUCCAUGAAAAGUUUAGUUUAAAAUAACCCUCAAGCCAUUGUGCCACACUGAACCAUACCGUACUGUUGUUCAAUGGAAGUUGUUGGAGUUCAAUCCAGACAGAGCAGCUCCUGCCCUGUAACAGAAAGGGCGAGAAGGAGAGAAAUGUUCCCAUCGGCAUAGUGCUGACAGAAUAAGACAGUCCCAUGACUCUAGUGCCUCUACAACCAGAGGGUUUACUGUCCCCCACGCCACACUCUCCCUUGUCAUGGGUAUAUAUACAGCGCUCCACUCUCUGAAGCAUCCUCCUUAGAGAGAGGGCUUAGGGAGCUUCACUUAGGGUGGAGUUGAACACUUAUUAAAAGAGCGUAGCAAAGCAUAGAGGAGCACUUUGACUAGGAAAGCACAUUGCUUUGUCUAUUAAGUCGCUACUUAGGAAGGAUCGAUACUCAGAUCGUACUCAGUUCUAACUCUCGUUGCUCAGUUAGUACUCUACGUCAGGUUACUCCGUUAGUACUCUAGUUAUUGUUACUCAGUUAGUACUCUAGUUAUUGUUACUCAGUUAGUACUCUAGUUAUUGUUAGUCAGUUAGUACUCUAGUUAUUGUUACUCAGUUAGUACUCUAGUUAUUGUUAGUCAGUUAGUACUCUAGUUAUUGUUACUCAGUUAGUACUCUAGUUAUUGUUACUCAGUUAGUACUCUAGUUAUUGUUACUCAGUUAGUACUCUAGUUAUUAUUACUCAGUUAGUACUCUAGUUCGGUCCAAGUCAUAUAGAGCCUGAGUUGGCUCCAUGUUCUUGCGGGUCGUGCAGGGGUCUAUGUUGCGGAGAGGAUUCCUAAUGGGGGCACAUUUGUGCACAGUUCGGUAGGCGCCAGAUGGAGGGUGUCUAGGAUGUGUGUGAGUGCAGGGUGUGAAUCUCUGCAUGUCUGUACCUGUACAUGUAUUUUUAUCUGUGUGAGGAUACUUGUAUGCUAACUAACUGUGUGUGCAUGUGUAUUCCAGUCAGCUGUCGUCUGAGAUGAAUAAGUGUCGUGGGGAGCUGUCAUCCAUGGAGCAGGAGCUGCAAAGGCUGCGGCGGGACGCCAGCAUGAAGUCCUCCCAGCUCAGCUGCAUGGAGGAGACCCUGCAGCAGACCCAGGGCCUACUGGAGAAGAAGAAUGACGCGGGUAAGACAAACUGGGGGGAUUUAAUUUCUUUCUGUCUGUCUUUAUUUCUUCAAACCUUCAGUCAUUCAUUCAAUUUUAUUUAGAUGUUUCGUGAUUACUGUAUAUAUCCCCCACGGUCUGCGUUCCAUUGACCUCUUUAUCACAUCUAUAGUCAUUGUGGAAACCCUUUCUCCUCCUCCUCCCCCUCCUCCUCCUCCUCCCCCCCUCCAUUCAGUUGUGGACUUGGAGGAGAAGCUCCACCGCUGUGAGGAGGACAGGCGGAACUCUGUGCAGCGGGCGCAGACUCUGGAGGGACAGCUACAGGGGGUGCGCGGUGAGAUGCACGACACCCUAGAGAACCUACAGGAGCUGAGAGACCUGUUACAGCGCACGCAGCUCAGUGCAGACGAACGACAGACAUCACUGGAGAAACUGUCCGCCGAGCUCAGGUGAGCCUCUCUCUGCCAACCACCCGACAGACACACACCUUUGACCGGUGGUGUCCAUUUGUUGCUCUGCUGAACAAAACACAUCUCCGCUCAAAUCUUUAGGAAAUGCUUCCUAAACAAAAUAAACUCAGAACAUAAAUAAAAGUCCCCCACCCCAAGUACAUUUUUUAAUGGAAAAUGCAGAGUUAGUUUGAAGGUAAAGGUAUUCAUAGUUCAUUUUUGCAACCUAUUUCAUCCCACGUUUAAUUGAAGAAGCGCUGGCAGCACACCGGAAGUCACACGCGCCUUCAAUGGCCUGUGUAACCAUGGCAACCACUGACCGGUCGAGCGCUGGGGAUUUGUCUGAGACGUCGUUGACGGGCGAUUUGGGAAGACUGAAUCAGAAGUCAUAUGUUUGGGAUAUGUUUAGACAUUCUUGGGUCAGAUUUAAGAAGAAUUGAUUUUGGAUUACCUUGUUUUUCUUUAACUGUGACUUUUGAUUAUAUGAAAAGUAAAUAUAAUAUACUGUAUGUAAUAUGUAUCCUAUUUGUAAAGUAAAUAUUAUGUACUGUGCAUAUUUUAUUUGUUGAGAAUUAGUUGUAAUGUUGAAAGCAUAACUUUUCUUUGCACUAAAACCUGACUUGAGGAUAGGCUAUCCAUGUGUAGUUCGUCUCUGGCUGAGUUAGUCUCUGUCAUUCAUAAUAUGUAUCAUGCUAUAUUAUGUUGUUGAUAUAUGUCAUAAUAUAUUUUUAUAGUAUAUACAUUGUGUAUUGUUUUGAGGCUUUGUUGCAGUCAGUGAACAAACAGCAUUUGCUUUGGGUACACACACACACACACACACACAGACACACACACACAGAGACAGACACACGACCCACACUGAUACCAAGCACAACAGGAUUUUACAUCCAUUCCAAAUACAAUAUCAUCUGUCUGCUAUGGAUUCAAACCCUCCGUCUGAUACCAACCAGUUCAUAUCUGGUAAACGUCUUUGUCAAAAACACAGUUGUCCCCCACCCAGCAUGCCCCCAGCCAAUAUGACUUGACAAGUGGACAGUGUCACAAACUUUCUAACGGCACAUUCUAAUCAGGUGAAUGUAAUGGCUAGGUAUUAUUGUGAAGCUUUGACAGUUUUACAUGUCGAUUUAUCUCUCACUGUCAAUCUAACAUAAAACAAGUACAGUAACACCUGAUGAAGGUCUGUAAAUCCUAUUGAGCAGCUACAGUGCAGAACCCCACCAUCUCAACCACUGAUACAAUAUAAUUAAAGACAUGUAUGUAAAAGUAAAGGCCUAAAAAAGGCUGAGGGGAUCAGUUUGAGCAAGGCAAGGCACAGAAUCACUAGUCUUGGCCACAUAAUGAGUAGUUAUUUGGGAGGCAAGGGGAUUUGUAGAUCAGUGAUUUAGACUUCAAUGUAGUUGAUCUCAAACACUCACAAUAUCUCUGCAUUACAGUCUCAAGUAGUUUUCCUUUGAUUCCCCCCAGUGUGUGUGUGUGUGUGACUGAAACAAAAUGCCUGCUACACAGCUGGGAUCAGAUGUUGAGAUCUUCUGUGUGAAAUAGAACAUGCCCCUGGUGUACAGUGAUUUCACAGUCCAAAUAUGUAUGAACAUUUAGUGUGUGUAGGUUUCCCAGCUCCACGUAACAUGAUUGGUGUGUGUUUGUGUGUGUUUGAAGAUGUCCUAUCCCUGUGUAACGUGUGGCUUUGUGCUACAGGGAAAGCCAGAUGGAGUUGGAGGAGAGGAACCACGAGGUGUUGGACAUGGACACAGCAUUGAAGGAGAGACAGGGGGAGCUCCAACAGAGAGCACAGCUGGUAUGCACACACACACACUAAACCGAGGCAACAUUUGAUUGCAUGGCGUGCCACAUGAGGUUUAUUUAACUUGAAUGGAUGGAAUGCUAACAGAUUUAGAGCUCGUCUCCCUCCUCUUCCUCAGCUGGGCCAGUUGGAUGUGGCCAUCAGAGACCAUAAGCUGGAGAUGGACAAGAAGGUUCAGUCCCUACAGCAGGCUCUGGACCAGAGAGAGAGAGAGGUCAAAGACAGAGACAAACGGGUAAAAGGCCCCAUUACACACAGACUUCUAUUCUUCAUUUGGGAUCAUUGUUGCCCCUGGAAAGCAUAUUCCUGUUACAAGUACUGUCCAUUCUGCUAUAGUGAUAUAGCUGAAGUACUGUUGUUGUUGACUACCACUUCAUGUUUUGGCUCCACAGGUAGAGUUUUUGAGUGAGAGGUUAGACCUGCUAAAAGCACAACUACAAGGGAAGGAGGAUUCUGAGAAGGUAUGGUGGGAGGAAUGGAUCUAUUGAUCGAUAGAGGGAUAAGUUGAAGUACGGAAAGAUGGGAAAAUACUUAUGGUAUCAUUAUACUGAUGGAGGGACAGAUAAAUGGUUGAAAGUUAUCGUUGAACAGAGAAGUUGUUAUAUACCUCAAUUAUGGUGUGAAUAAAACGCCACCAACAGCAUACAACUUAGAAACUAUAGCAACUGGCAAGAUGCUUCUGGAUCAUAACCUCAUAAUGGAAUAUCAUGCAUUGUUCAGUGUUUCCUUUUUGGAACCUUUUGAAUGAACCACAGAAGGAACCAUGACAAGCUUCAAGUCUAUUUGGAGUAAUCCAUAGAGGAAAUGCUUUUUAAAAUCUAUGGACUGACCAUCUAGGCUCCGUCUGAUUAACCUUUGACCUUUUGCUCCAGGACUCUCUGGGGCAGGGCCAGAACCUGCGUGUGUGUCGGGAGGAGCUGCAGAGAACAACGCAAGAGCUCCAGAAGACGACGCAAGAGCUGCAGGACACACAGACUCGCUGCGAGAGCCUGAUAAGAGAGCUGGACAGCAUCACUCAACAUGCCAGGGAAAAGGUGAAACCUUCAUUUUGUUGCUGUUUAUAAAAGGUCAUGCCCAAUACAUCCAUGUAUUCUUACUGUUUAUCCAUAAUAACAAAGUGUGGUAUUUCUGUCAAUUCUUUUAUGGUCAGAUGAUGACCUUAACUGUGUUGUUGGGUCUCAUGUAGGAGGUGCAGGUGAGGAGUCUGGAGGAGAAGCUGUCUGCCAGGGAGGGCCGCUGGGUCCAGGGGGAGGCCAGACUGCAAGUCACCAUCUCCUCCCUACAGCAGGAGCUGGAGCAGGAGAGGGAACAGCACAGCAAGGAGGUACAACAGGGCCCAAGAACUGUGGAUGUCUCUGUAGUACAGCCUGUCUGUCUCUGUUUCAGUCACUGUCUCUGUCUGUCUCUGUUUCAGUCACUGUCUCUGUCUGUCUCUGUUUCAGUCACUGUCUCUGUCUGUCUCUGUUUCAGUCACUGUCUCUGUCUGUCCAUUUGUCUGUCUCUGUUUCAGUCACUGUCUCUGUCUCUGUAGUACAGCCUGUAUGUUUCAGUCACUGUCUCUGUUUCAGUCACUGUCUCUGUUUCAGUCACUGUCUCUGUUUCAGUCACUGUCUCUGUCUCUGUUUCAGUCACUGUCUCUGUCUCUGUUUCAGUCACUGUCUCUGUCUCUGUUUCAGUCACUGUCUGUCCAUUUGUCUGUCUCUGUUUCAGUCACUGUCUGUCCAUUUGUCUGUCUCUGUUUCAGUCACUGUCUCUGUAGUACAGCCUGUCUGUCUCUGUUUCAGUCACUGUCUCUGUUUCAGUCACUGUCUCUGUUUCAGUCACUGUCUCUGUCUGUCUCUGUUUCAGUCACUGUCACUGUCUCUGUCUGUCUCUGUUUCAGUCACUGUCACUGUCUCUGUCUGUCUCUGUUUCAGUCACUGUCUCUGUCUGUCUCUGUUUCAGUCACUGUCUCUGUCUGUCCAUUUGUCUUGUCUCUUUCUCUCACGCACACUCCAUCUUCCUCUUUCUCCAUUGUUCUUUGUUUCUGUCAUCCUCUACUGUAGGGGUAUUCUACCAGAGCCUGAUGUUUUUCUGUUCUACCUGAUAAUUAAUUGCACCCACCUGGUGUCUCAUGUCUAAAUCAGUCCCUGAUUAGAGGGGAAGAAUGGAAAAAAACACAGUGGAACUGGCUUCGAGAUCCAGAGUUGAGUUUGAGGGCUCUACUGUAUACAGUGGGGAAAAAAAGUAUUUAGUCAGCCACCAAUUGUGCAAGUUCUCCCACUUAAAAAGAUGAGAGAGGCCUGUAAUUUUCAUCAUAUGUCAACUAUGACAGACAAAAUGAGGAAAAAAAAUCCAGAAAAUCACAUUGUAGGAUUUUUAAUGAAUUUAUUUGCAAAUUAUGGUGGAAAAUAAGUAUUUGGUCAAUAACAAAAGUUUCUCAAUACUUUAUAUACCCUUUGUUGGCAAUGACACAGGUCAAAUGUUUUCUGUAAGUCUUCACAAGGUUUUCACACACUGUUGCUGGUAUUUUGGCCCAUUCCUCCAUGCAGAUCUCCUCUAGAGCAGUGAUGUUUUGGGGCUGUCGCUGGGCAACACAGACUUUCAACUCCCUCCAAAGAUUUUCUAUGGGGUUGAGAUCUGGAGACUGGCUAGGCCACUCCAGGACCUUGAAAUGCUUCUUACGAAGCCACUCCUUCUUUGCCCGGGCGGUGUGUUUGGGAUCAUUGUCAUGCUGAAAGACCCAGCCACGUUUCAUCUUCAAUGCCCUUGCUGAUGGAAGGAGGUUUUCACUCAAAAUCUCACGAUACAUGGCCCCAUUCAUUCUUUCCUUUACACGGAUCAGUCGUCCUGGUCCCUUUGCAGAAAAACAGCCCCAAAGCAUGAUGUUUCCACCCCCAUGCUUCACAGUAGGUGUUGUGUUCUUUGGAUGCAACUCAGCAUUCUUUGUCCUCCAAACACGACGAGUUGAGUUUUUACCAAAAAGUUACAUUUUGGUUUCAUCUGACCAUAUGACAUUCUCCCAAUCCUCUUCUGGAUCAUCCAAAUGCACUCUAGCAAACUUCAGACGGGCCUGGACAUGUACUGGCUUAAGCAGGGGGACACGUCUGGCACUGCAGGAUUUGAGUCCCUGGCGGCGUAGUGUGUUACUGAUGGUAGGCUUUGUUACUUUGGUCCCAGCUCUCUGCAGGUCAUUCACUAGGCCCCCCCGUGUGGUUCUGGGAUUUUUGCUCACCGUUCUUGUGAUCAUUUUGACCCCACGGGGUGAGAUCUUGCGUGGAGCCCCAGAUCGAGGGAGAUUAUCAGUGGUCUUGUAUGUCUUCCAUUUCCUAAUAAUUGCUCCCACAGUUGAUUUCUUCAAACCAAGCUGCUUACCUAUUGCAGAUUCAGUCUUCCCAGCCUGGUGCAGGUCUACAAUUUUGUUUCUGGUGUCCUUUGACAGCUCUUUGGUCUUGGCCAUAGUGGAGUUUGGAGUGUGACUGUUUGAGGUUGUGGACAGGUGUCUUUUAUACUGAUAACAAGUUCAAACAGGUGCCAUUAAUACAGGUAAUGAGUGGAGGACAGAGGAGCCUCUUAAAGAAGAAGUUACAGGUCUGUGAGAGCCAGAAAUCUUGCUUGUUUGUAGGUGACCAAAUACUUAUUUUCCACCAUAAUUUGCAAAUAAAUUCAUUAAAAAUCCUACAAUGUGAUUUUCUGGAUUUUUUUUCCUCAAUUUGUCUGUCAUAGUUGACGUGUACCUAUGAUGAAAAUUACAGGCCUCUCUCAUCUUUUUAAGUGGGAGAACAUGCACAAUUGGUGGCUGACUAAAUACAUUUUUCCCCCACUGUAUAUCACCUCAUCCAUGCUCUUGGAUCAAUCUCUUCCCCAGUUCCUCUUUCACUUCUUUGUUUCUCUUCAUUUCCCUAAUCACCUGUUAUUUUACACAUGUAAUAACUGCUGAAGUUCCUAGAGUACGCGCUGUAACUUCUCUCUCCUCCUUCCCCUUUCUCCAUUGCCCCUCCCUCAGCUUUGCUCCCUGCAGCAGACGCGGGGCCAGCUUCUGAAGGUGUCGGAGCAGAUGAGCUGCAGCCUGCGGAGCUCCCAGGAGCACCUGGCCUCCAGACUGCAGCAGAGCCAGCUGCAGCUAGAGCAGACCAGGGCCCAGGUGGCCCACCUGCAAGCCCAGCUCCACACCAACCAGACCAGCCUGCAGAGCGCCCGCGAGGCCCUGCUCAUCAAGGUAGAGUACAGGAGGACUGGGCUAGUGAAGUGUCCCCCCCCCCCACACCCUACUGGGCAUGAACAUAUACUCCAAUUUCAUUGUGCUGUCUUCCUCCAAGAUGGAGGACAUUUUAGAGAGGAAAUAAUUGCCUCAUCCUAUAAGGUAUUAAGAAAUGGUGAAGGAGUCAGGGCAGCCUCUAUUCAAAUGUGAUUAGGGUCCCCUGGGAAACACUGACCAACACUUUGGUUCCUAGAUUUAAAAAUCAAUUUUUCUGGCGCUCCUUAAUUUUAUUUGGUGCUAUUAACUUUUGGCCUAGCUGAUAGUUUUACCUCGUUGUCAGUAACCAGGUUUCCAUCCAACCAUUCCAUGUGGAUGAAUUACCUGAUGCAAAACUCACAACAGGCCUGAUGGAAACAAAAUUCCUAAUGUUGACAAAACAAAACACACUGGACAAGGGCGGAUAAUUGUUUUUUGUCUGGUGAAAUUGAUUAUGCGACAAUUGCGGUGGAAACACCUUUUAUGCACAAAUAUUUAUAUAAUAACCAUCAUAUCAAAAUAAACUUGGAGUCAUGCAAUGAUAUGUUACGUUGUAGGCCUACCACCAUGACGUAGAAAAGCAUUAAGUUUAUAGGCAGAUUUAAAUUAGUUAUGAUGAACUUUACAUGAUUCAGUGCACAGUGAUCAUGCACAUUUUCAUUAAAUAUCGAGGGUAGACUAUUAUUUGAAUGCUGGCGCUUGGCUGCCAAUUAUCAAAUCAAAUAAUCUUGCUAUAAUCCGUAUCUCAUCAUAUAACCUACCCCUUGUCUAUAGAGCAUGCCCCAAAACCAGAUUGGGCAAGUUUGCUAUUUAUCCCAACAGUUUUUGUGACAAAACCAUCGGUAGAGUUGAAAAUGUGAUGAAAGGUUGAACAUGGGGAAUUACGCAUAAAAGUGCUUUUAAUGUAACACACACAGCUUUUUAUCCGCAACAAGUCAGUUUGAUGGAAACACACCUCUGGUGGGAAAAUAAAACCUAGCUACUGAAUGACUGACUCUUCUCAUCCCUUCCUACAGGAGUCAGAAGUCACCCGCCUACAGGCCAGAAUUUCCAGUCUGGAGAGAGCUACAGAGCUGCACCAUGCCACAUUCCACCUUCACCCAGAGAUCACCCUGCCCUCAUCCCCUCCACCCCCUCACACACACCACCAUUCUCCCCCACACACUCACUCAUGCACCCACUCUCCUCAUAAACACACCCGCUCCUCCCCACCCACACACACCCACACCCCUCACAAACUCUCCCAUCACUCUCCACCACCCACUCACUCUCACACCCGUUCCCCUCCAUCCCCACACAUACAACACUACUCCCCUCCUCGCCCGCCCCAAACCCACACUCCAGACUGGCCCGUGGAGGGCAGCAGUGUGGACUCCUCCCUUGAUCUCCCUCAGAACCUGAAGGCCACGUUACGGGAAGCCCUGGGUCAACACCUCCCCUGGGACACCUCCUUUCUGUCCCCCACCCCUUACCAGCCUGACCACAGCUGGCAGGGCCUCAGCCGCCUGGAGGACCGCCUCUGCCUCAGACCUCUCCUUCAACCCCCUCACCUACAUGGUGGACAAAAUGUCGGAGGAGAGGGAGGAGAAGGAGGGGAGAGACCCAGAAAGAGAGUCCCUCCUCAGGCAGGAGACCCAGGAGGAGAUGGACAUGAGCUCCCUGACGGGCAUGCUGAGGUUUGUCAACCAGACACUGGCCCUGCAGGAGGACCCAUCCCUCUGGGGCUCCACGGGCCUCUCAGAGACUGAGCACACCCUCACACUGCAGGUAAGCAUGAGCAACUCUCUCUGGGGUACAAAGGAUGAAAUGAGGUCAUAGCUGUAGUUUUAGCAUUGGUAAUUGUGAUGAUUGAUGAAAUGGUUAGUGCAGUAUGAAAAUGUAUGCACUCACUAACUGUAAGUCGCUCUGAAUAAGAGUGUCUGCUAAAUGACUAAAAUGUAAAUGUAAAUGCUUGUUUAAUUACUUUUGUAUAGGUAGUUGAGAGCUGGCCGACACUCUAACAAAGAAAACGUUGAAAACAGACAGAAAACUGUGGCUAACCUUACACACACACACAAGGAUCUCUCAAAUAAUGACACACCUGCUGUUAAAAUAGUUCCUUCAAUAAUUAGGUCAGAGGGACCACACCUUUAUUCAAACAUCCACUCAAAGAAAGGGGCCUCCCGAGUGGCGCAGCGGUCUAAGGCACUGCAUCGCAGUGUUGCGGCGUCACUACAGCCUGGGGUUCGAUCAUUACCGGCCGUGUGUCAUUACCGGCCGUGACCGGGAGUCCCAUAGGGCGGCGCACAAUUGGCCCAGCAUCGUCCGGGUUAGGGGAGGGCCGGGCGCCUGCAGGCUGACUUUGGUCGUCAGUUGAACGGUGUUUCCUCAUUGGUGCAGCUGGCUUCCGGGUUAAGCGGGUGGGUGUUAAUUGGUGUUAACAUUUCAAUCUUUUUUACUUAUUCUUUGAUCGUUUUUUUUUUUUUACUGCUCAACCCUUAUGGUGGGUCGCGACUCAAGACACCUCAAUUGGUGGGUCACAAAGCAAAAAGGUUUGGGAACCCCUGCCCUAUGUUUCCACUAAUAAAAUUCUGCGUAAUUGACAUUGCAGCUAUAGUAUUAAUUGCAUGGAAUGAGGAAUGGUUGAAAUGAAAGGGAUUCUGCAAACAACUUGGUUUAUCCGAUAAAUAAGCAAUAAAUACAUUAACUAAACAAUAUCCUUGUAGUGAAGAGCUCACUCCUUCACAGUAGUAUAGGAAUGCUGUCCUACGUCUACGCUCUAAACAACAGAAUAUCUGCUCCUAGUGACACAAUGGACACCUCUGUUAUUUCACUAAUCCAUAUCUGUGUUUCAUUUUCAGGGGGACCUUAAAGAUGGUGGAUGCUGUUCUACGGGGAACGUAUAA